AUGAAGGAGUUGAACUAUGAGUUGACUCGAAAACUUGAAGCUCAGACUCAGAGAUUAGAGUUUUUGACUGCUCGAAGUAUGGCUAAUGAGAAUAUCUCUACAAGACAACCUGAUUCUCAAGAUGUCCGUGAGAACAUUCAAUAUGCCGAUGAAGGUGACGAGGACUUGACAUUUCUCUUCCUAACAUCUAGUAGAGAUCCAGGUAUUGUUCCUAGAAAUACAAGGCCUCUUGAAUCAGAUGGCCAUUCAACUGGAUAUAGCUCUAAUUUAUAUCAGGGAAAUGCUGUAAGUUCGUCAUUCUCAGAUAUUGAUGAUGGAUAUGAUGUUUACAAGUCAACAAAAGGAGAAAGGGGAGGUUUGGCAGGAUUGCAGAAUUUGGGAAAUACUUGCAUUAUGAACAGUGCCCUACAAUGUUUAGUUCACACGCCUCCUCUUGUUGAGUAUUUCUUGCAAGAUUACAAAGAUGAGAUCAAUACUGAAAAUCCUUUGGGAAUGCAUGGUGGGCUUGCAAUCGCCUUUGGUGAGCUGUUGAGGAAAUUAUGGUCCUCAGGGCGAACUACAAUUGCACCACGUGUUUUCAAGGGAAAAUUAGCUCGAUUUGCUCCCCAGUUCAGUGGCUAUAACCAGCAUGAUUCUCAAGUUAGUAUUGUAUAUUGAAUAAUAAUCGCAAAGCUUUCAAUACUAAAUACUUCAAUGUUUAAUGUAUUUUUAUGUCCUAAUGUUUAUUUUUGGGAAAAAAUUUAGCGCAUGAAGUUGGAGAAAUCAAUCAGUUAUUUAUGUUUAUAGUACUCUGGUUUUGGACUUGUGCUUGCAGAUGAUACUGGGACUAAGUCUAAGUUUUGCUUUUAUUUUUUCUCAGCCUUUUUAAAUUGGGCAAAUGCUUUUCUUACUAAUAUUUAGUCACUUCAUUGAGCUGAUGAUCAGGUCUAAUCUCACCCUUUCUCUGUCUAUAUACAUGU